GAGCUGCGCUGUGAGAUGCUGGAGAUGCGUGACAUGUUCCAGGAGGAGGAGGUGUUCCAGCUGCAGGAGCUUCGGCUGCAGCUGGAGCAGGCCAACAAGUCCUGCCGCAUCCUGCAGUACCGCCUCCGCAAGGCCGAGCGCCGCAGCAUCCGAGUGGCUCAGACAGGACAGGUGGACGGGGAAUUAGUCAGGACGCUGGAGCACGAUAUCAAGGUUGCAAAGAGUGUUUCCCUGCGGCUAUACAACGAGCUGGAGGCGGUGCAGAAGAAGAACUCCCAGUUGGAGUGGGAAAACGAGGCGCUGCGCGAGAAGACGCAGGAGAUGGAGGUGGCCAAGCAGGUCCUGCAGGCGGAGGUGGAGAAAGCAAGAGAGAGCUCUGUGAAGAGGAAAAGCUUCAGAUCAACAGCCAGUAAGGCUGAGAGGAGGCUUUCUCAACAGAUUGAGGAUGACAGCGCUGAUCUCAAGUGCCAACUCCACUUUGCCAAAGAGGAAUUAGCCCUCAUGUGCAAGAAGCUCACCAAGUUGGUAUCAGAGAGUGAAGGCAUGCACGAGCGGCUGGCCAAAUACCACGCAGCCUACGGCGACGUAGACGCCACCCAAUCACCUACGGGCAAACAAAACUCCGACCACGCCAGGGUGGCAGAAGUCAAAGUUCACUUGAAACUGGUCGAGGAGGAGGCGACGCUCCUAAGCCGGCGCAUUGUAGAACUGGAGGUGGAGAACCGAGGACUGCGAGCAGAAAUGAGUGACCUGAGAGAGAAAAUAGGAGGAGGAGCUUGUCAUAUUACUCGUGAAGGUCCAGUAGGCGGUGAGUGGGACCCGUCAGACAGUCAUGAGAGCGAUAGCAACAAAAACCUUGACGGUGGACUCAAAGGAACCCUGAAAGACCACGAAGGUCUUCUCACUCUCAGAGAUCAUUCCUGCAUUUUGAUUUCAGCCAUCCAGCUCCUGAUGACACCACCUAAAAACGGCCAUUGCUCAUCUCCCUCAUGUGCUAUUAACUCUCCGACAGAUGUGGACUCAAAGGGAAAAGCACAGGCGAUUUUCCAACCGGGGCCUUUAAAUGAGGCGUUAGAGCUUCUGCAGGCCAUGCUGUUGGCUUUCAUCGGGAGGGUGGAGACGCUUCUAACAGGAGAAGAUUUAGGCAAACUCUCCCAUCACGAGGAAGGACAUGCCUGGGAUACUUUCUCCUCUGUCUGUGGAGAAAGUGCAGAUCAUGAUGUGGGUCAAGACUUACCGAGUAAGAAGGAGUGUGUUGAAGAUCUCCGCACAACAGAGGUUAAAGAGAGAGCAAAACAAGUGGCGCAGCACCCUUCCCUCCAGUGGGACCCCAACCACAGCUGCAGGGACCCGAAGAUGAAACUUUCCCUGCAGGUUCUGUGGAUCCUUCACGAAUGGUGUCAAGUUAAAGGAGCCGGCCUGAACGGAAAAGAGGGUAGAGACAAAACCGUGUCUGUGUUGCGAGGGUUGUUGCAAAGCCUCGGCACAGAGCUUCGGGAUGAGUGGAUCACAUUCGACAACGACGCCAAAGUCACACAGGACAAGGCAGCUGAGAGUGCUGUCUGCGGCAUCUUUGAUGACGAUCGACAAUCUGAAGUUGACAGAAUCUGCCGCUCAAAAGGAAAAAGACUGGGGCGACAGUUUCCUCCGCACAACUCCAAGGAGAAGAACUGGUGCUAUCUGAAUCAGGAGGCUGCCCAGCUGGACCGAGAGGACCCCGUUAAGACGUGGGACCAUCAAAUCAUGCCGCUUAGCUUCCCUGAUCUUAACUUUGAGCAGAUUUUCAUGGAGAGAAGCCACACUGCCCCGGAGAAAUCUACUGUCCGCAUCUACUACAGCCCCCCGUCGGCUCGCAGAGUCCAGCUGGCUCAGCUGAAGCAAAGCCCUGUCGCUGACACAGAAUCUGUUGACACGUCCUCUCCCUGGUGCACGCCGCCGACCUCCUUUUCUCCUCUCUGUCUGGACUCAUCUGCUAACCUGAGCGACGACAUGAAGGAGAUGACGGCCAGCUGGAGGCAGACAGUUCAAGGUAGUUCACAGGUGAAGAGAGGGAGAGUACUGGGCCGGUGGGUGGACGUGGCCUGCUCAGGGACUCAGACCCACACGAAGCCACAGAUGGUGAGUGUUGGUCUGCAGACAGAUGGGACACACGUACCUGUUAGUGUGAGAAACAGUCCUUCUCGGGUCCUGAACUCCUCCUUGGUCUCUGCCCGCACUCACCACAUCUCCACCUCACUGGAAGGAGUGUCAGGCAGAAUCGAGAGGACCAGAUCCUCCACCUCCUCGCCUAAAUUGUACCGAAGACACUCUGCGUCCGGUGUGUCUUCUGUCCCUUCAUCCCCCAGUUUGAGCUCGUCAUCAUCUUCAUCCACUUCAAGAGAUCGAGCACUGUGGAACCUGUCCCGCCAAAACCAGUCUGGCCUCUCGUGGACCCGCCAAACUAGUCACAGAGUAGCUGCAGGACAGAACCACAGCUCUCUAAACAGUGAAAUUUCAGGCCGGAGCACAAAGCCUCCCAGCAAAUCUGCAGGCGCCAACCGUUACGGUUUAGUCUCAGAGUUCCUGCGCAGGGUGAGCGGCCGGACGGCAGAGAAACCGACACUGGUAUCGGGGUCGGGGCAGAAGAUGAAGAGCAAUGUAAAGAGCCUAGAGCGGGUUCCAACAAGACCUCCGACCGCCCCACUGCAAAGGAACGACAGCGUGACCCGGAUCGUCAACCAGAGGUUCAUGAAGCAGAGAGAGGAGGCCAGUCGGGCCCAG